AUGACUGGUGAAGUGAGAUUUGUUCCAGAUACUAGACAGGAAGAGGAUCUGGCAAUGGCUGAGGAAGCUGACAUUGACUUUGGGCCAGAUGAUUUUAAAGAGAUGGGUGCACCUACUUCAAGUGUUUUUGAUGUCGACGUGCAAUUUCAACAAGAUGUUCGUCCGCAGCAAUCAACUAGUAAAACGUCAGUAGCAAUGGCAGUGUUGCAGAAGAAAGCUCAAGCUAAACGAAAGGAACGAUCUGCAUCAUCUCAACAGCCUCAAGCAACUGUAAUUGGACAAAUAUCAACAUCAACAUCUCCACCAGGUGUAGCUGUUCAAUCAAUAUCGGCAAAGAGGGCUGGCAAGCUGCCUGUUGGUGCUGUUUCAGGAUUACCUAUGGCCCAACAGCCAGAGCAAUCAACGUCUACUACUACACAACAGACUGCUUCUGGAACUAGUGAAUCGUCCACAUCAGAGCCUGAUUAUUUAGGUUUAUAUCAGAUGCUUGAGGAUUCAUUAUCAGAUUCUACAUUUUCAAGUCGUAUUGGUCGGACAGCAAUAGCUACGUCUGGAUUUGUGGGUGUAGCAGCAACUGGGACGAUGGAGAUGCCUGGUGAAGAAGAUACAGAUGAGGAAGAGAGCCAAGUGUUGUUCAGUGCCUUGAAGCGUUCUCGUACCAGAGAUUCCCUGUCUACUACGGACUCUUCUAAGCAGUAUAAGAAAAAGAGAACAGCAAUGAUUUUGAAGCAGCUUCAGAAGAGAUCAAAGAAAUAA